CCGACACGUCCGAAGUCCGAUAUAGGUGGAGAAAAGAAGGCGCUUAGACCACCAUCCCCCAGAAACUGUAUCCAUAAGGUUACCUCUGGUGGAGGUUCCGUCCGAUUUUAUUUCGGGUCGGUCUCAUUAGUCGAACCGAAUGCUUGGGUCAUCUAGGUCAAUUCAUAACGGGACAUCGUAAACCAUGAUGAAAUGAUGGCACGACCAAAUAUGGAUUCGUUCAGUUGUUCCAAGCGGCGAGUAGGUAUGGUUAUAGUCGUUCUCUAGCCGAUAAUUAUGGCUCAGGCAAAGGGAACUACAUAUAUAACACCGUUCGCCAUCGGAUAUCUGAGAUAAUAUGUGCUACUAUCAAGAGGCACAACAUUCAUGCUAUGGGUAUAUCUUGGAGCAGCACGAGACAAACCGCACCUCCGGUGGUGCCCUCAGAUACCGUUAUUCCGGUUCAUUUCUGGGAUAAUUCAUGUCCGGGCCGUUCGAUGGUUAUAUUCGACCUAUUUCGAUUCGACGAUGUUCUUGAUGCUGGGAAACUGAAGACAUCCCUGAGCAAACUCCUUGACCGACCGGGAUGGCGUAAAUUAGGAGCUCGCAUAAGGCUGAAUAAAAAUGGGAAUUACGACUACCACAUUCCCGCUUACUUCGAUGAAGAACGUGUUCCAUUCGCCUUCCACUGCGAAGCUUUGGAUAUUAAUAUCAAUGAACAUCCACGAGCCUCACGUUUCCGAAGAGACCCAAACGCUGAUACGCCUCGCAUCCAAUGUCAUGAAGCAGACUGGAUAGACCUCAUGUGGCAACCAGGAGACCCGAAGGGCAUAGGAGACUAUCUCUACUCCGAUCGGCCAAUACUAGGAUUUCGCAUGAUAACGUUCGUUGAUGCGACAUUAUUGACGAUCUCGUGGCCUCACAUGGUAUUUGACACAAUGGGACAUGCGGCAUUCUUACGUGCAUGGUUACUGGUCCUCAACGGCCGUGAUGACGAAGUGCCGGAAUUCCAUGGCUACGAGAGCGAUCCCUUAGGUGCUCUUGGCUCGCAGCCUGUAGAGAGGUACAAGUACGCCGACAAGCAAUUCGGUACUUGGCAUGUGAUCAUCUUAGGAUUGCGCUAUGCUUGGGACAGGCUUUGGGAUCCAAAGGCGGAAGAUGGUGGACGAACAAUUUUCGUGCCUGCAGCAUAUGCGCAGCAACUGUGCGAGACAGCCCGAUCGGAAUUGAAGGCUUUGCAGACUAAGGGCGAGGUGUCGUUUAUAAGCGAGGGGGACAUCAUAUGUGCAUGGUGGGCUCAGCAACUUGCUCUAGCUCUGAUACCUAAGCCAUCAAAUCAGGAAGUCGGCCUCUACAACGUUUACGGCUUAAGGGGACGUUUGGGUCAGGAUCUUCUCCCAUCAAGCCGUGCUUACGUUGGCAACGCUUUCUGUUCUGCCCCUGCGUUUAUGACAGUUAAGGAUAUCUUAACGAGGCCACUGGGCUUGAUUGCUGCAGCUGUUCGUCAGUCAUACAUGGAUUUGAGCACUAGGGAUCAACUGGAAGCGGCGAUGAGCCUCGCUCGAACUGCUCAAGAUAAGGGCGGCGCCGCUUUAUUUGGAAGUCCGUGGAUGCAUUGGAUCACAUGCAGUAACUGGACCAAAGCCGGUCUCUUUGACAUGGACUUCUCCGGAGCUCUAACUCAACGCCUAGGCGAAGGUGACCAUAAGGCUGGCAAGCCAACGUAUAUCCAAAUUCACGCGUUCCAGAAAUCCAUGUUGGUGAGUAGCUUUGUGGUCAUGGGGAAGGAUGCAGAAGGAAAUAUCUGGCUAUAUGGACAUUUGAAGGAAAAAUGCUGGGCCGCUGUCAAUAAGAUACUCGAGGAUGCCGUUACAAGGUAACGCAUAGUUUGCUCCUAACUCCUUCAGUGCUACGUGGAUGAGCACGUAACACUAUGAUUCAGACUCAUAGUGGUUAUUGUUUUUCAAACUCGAUUUAAUUCGCCUACUAGAAUAGAGCACUAAGAGUCAUCAACAGAUGAAUCAGCAGCAACUUUUUACCCCAAUAGUUUCAUAUCCCGAUUGUAGGGGUUACAGUCCCUCUUGAAUCUCUGUAUAAUAAAUCUGGAAAGUGGCCAAGUAUCGAUGAGUCGGUUUUCAUGGGGAGUCAUCUUCGAGUCAGAGGAUACAGUCCCUUUAGCCCAAGCUUGCCAUUUAUCACCGUCGUGUGGUACAGCACACGAGAGCGUCAGACACGAGACGAGAUGCUCGUCACUCAUCUACCUAGUUCUUGCGUAGC